AUGCUUGCGUCGCAUCUCCUCGGGCCGUUCCGUCGACGCGCGGCGUGGCGUCCGCUUUCGCGGCAGAGUCCCACGCGGCUUCUCGCGCGUGUCUACUACUAUACUCGCCGCUGUAUUACGUACGUACGCAUCGUCGUUGCGUUUUGCAUGCGCGCGCGCGCGCGCGCGCGCUCGCGCACUCCUCUCUCGUCUGUCCUUUUAUUUUUUUUCCUCUUCAACGUCUCACAUUUAUCUCGCGCUAGUUCGCGACGUGAUUUCGCGAAUGACAAUGCAACAACAACAACAACAACAACGACAAAGAUGACGACGACGAUGAUGAGGAAGAUGACGGUGUCGAGUCAUCUUGCCUGAGCCGAGGAUAGAUGUACACACGCGGUGGAAAAGAGAGAGAGAGAGAGAGAGAGAGAGAAACGAAAAAAGAAAGAGAAAACGAGAUAUAUACUCGCGCGGCCAUUUUAACCGCGCGAUGUGCUAAGCCGGGCGACCCAGUGUGCAAUACGAGGAGAGGCUAGUGUGUGUAUGUGUGUGCCAGCGCCACCGCUGCCGUCGUCGUCCUAGCCGUCACCGUUAUCGUCAUCAUCAUCGUCGUCGUCGUCGUCGUCGUCGUUGUUGUUCUUCAAUCGACAGGAAUUGCGUCUGUCGGUUGCGCGCCUCGCUUCUGCGCACGCGAGUCCACCGAGUAUCACGCAUUAGUCGCACGUCGUUCUACGUCUUUUCGCCGAUCACUCGUCCGCGCUCGUCGAAAAUAAGUGAAAACAUUCGACGACGUGGGGAAAACGUGGAAUAUCACGCGCCAUGGAUCGACCGAUGUGCUCCGUUGAUAUUCAUCGGAAGAGCAAGACCGCGUUUCUCGGUAGAAACGAACGGUUGCGGAUAUUACUCCGAUUUCGCGAUGUGCGGUACAUUGCCGUGACGUUCGGCGCACGCGAGAGAGGAGGACACGUGCCACGCGUGAAAAAAGAUGCCAAUCGGAGCGCGGAGUGACCGCAUCGAAGUGACGCGCGAUGACGCGCGAUGAUUGACCCGCGAAGUUUAUGAGCGCGGAGGAUCGCCAUCAUCCAGGGAAACCGGGAAGAUCGAACCGAGGACAACGGAACGCGCGAGGAGACAGAGACAAAUGGUUGGGCGUAUAUUGGUGGAAAUGUUUCGCGCAGCGGUUAAUAACAAAAUAACGCUGAUUGUCGAAGAGGUCAUGCAACUUGUGCAACUUGUUAUCGACGAUAAUGAUGCUUUGGUACGGUCGGACCUAGUGGAGCAAAUUCCAAAUGUGGCGAUUAUCUGUCACGAAGCACCACAUCUCUUCGGCCAUGUUAUCCGCAAUUAUCUACUUGAUAUCGUGAUGAAGUAUCUGAACGAUCAGGACAAUCAGGUACGACAAAUGGCCCAAAGCGCGCUGACAAUGUUGAUGAAACGAGGCCUCCUUGACAAUGACACGAUCGAGAAUGUUAUCUGUCCUACAAUAGAAAAACUUUCUUACAUGUGGCAAUUAGGAUCCCGCGAUAUGGCCGAUGAACAUACUCGAAAUGCGAACAUCUCCCUCAUGUGUAGAUUGGCACCGCUGGUUGGUAGCGAACUUACAGAAAAGAUCUUUCUGCCACGAUUCUUAGACCUAUGCGAAGAUAAUGAUAUGAUGGUGAGGAGAAUCUGCGCUACUCACUUUGGGGAAAUGUGCAUUGCUGUAGGAAAGGAGAAAUUGUACAGCAAAUUGAUUCCUAUGUUUAUUGAUCUGUGCGGCGAUAGAAUAUGGAACGUGCGAAAAGCGUGUGUCGAGGUUAUGAUGCCGGUUUCUUGUUGUUUGACGGCCGAACAUCGGCGAUUAUUACUUGCGGACAUAUUGGCUAAGCACUUGAUCGAUGAUUCCAAAUGGGUACGAAUAUCGGCUUUUCAGAUACUUGGACCAUUCAUAUCAACUUUCGCCAAGCAGUUCGCCGAAGUUACUUAUAAUAAGAAUGAUGAAUUAGUGUAUAUCAGUAAGCAGGAUAAUCAUCCCAGUAUAUGUUACUCGUACGAAGGAAUCUUUCCUAUGAAGAGCACGAUCAAAAAUCAAAUACCAGAUAUGGACGAAGAUAUGAUAGCAAAUACCAAAUACAGAUAUAAUACUAAAAGUCCAUUUUAUCUGCCUGUGAUGAAUGUGAGACAUGAAGAUGUUAAAGUAUCGGAAGAAGAUGAUUCCAUAAAAGAAGAUGAUUACCAAAAAACGGAACUUGACUGCCCAAAAUCUUGGCGAGAAAGAAUGCACCAAUAUAAAAUAAAGAAAGAAACGCGUGAUGCGGAAAAAUACAAUCCAUUUUUAUACUAUUAUAUACCUCCGGAUAUACCACUGGAUGAUGAACUUACUCAUGCCGCAAGGCAAUCGGCGAUGAAUCGUAAUAAUGUCCCUAAAGCGGUGGAAACUGAACAAAAUUCUACCGUAGAAAAUAGUUCUUGCUCUUCCGAAAGUCCAGUUCCUGUCGUGUAUUCAAAUAAUGAUAAUUCAAAUAUGAACGAGCAAUUAAACGAUGAUUCAAAUGUAAACGUUUAUAAAAUCACAUUUUUUUCCAAAAAUGUAGUUCCUCACGUGAAUUCGAAUAGAGAUGAUUCAAAUAUAAACGAACAAUCAAACGAUGAUUCAAAUGUAAACGUCUUUGAAAUGAUCAAAUUCUUCGAUAAACAAAAGGAAAAACAAGACGACGAUAAACAGAAGGAAAAGCAAGACGAUGAUAAACAAAAGGAAAAGCAAAAAGACGAGUAUAUCUCUCCAAAUCCAGUGCAUAUUGAUAGAGUUAUGCAAUCUCGAUGUCUAAAAAGAGAAUUGGCUUUAAGAGAAAAGUACGAGAAGCGUACUAACCUAGAGCGAAAAUUUUAUAUAUAUGACGAAGAUUCUAUGAGCAAGAGUGACGAAUCUUGUAAGAAUUUAAAUGUGAAGCAUAAUAAACAAGAGAUUGUACCUCAAGAAUUAAUUAAUUAUUAUGUAUCAAUGGCCAAUCCAAAUCAAUGCGUGUUCAUGAGUGCCGAUAUUUCACAUUAUUGUGCCUUUAGUUUUCCUGCAGUCGUGCUUACGCUGGGCAAAGAGAACUGGCAUUACUUGAAGAAGGCUUACCAAUCGUUGUCGAGCGCGAAACACUGGAGAGUUAGGCGUACUCUAGCAUCCAGCAUUCAUGAGAUUGCCAUGAUUUUAGGCGAAGAACUCACUGCUACUGACCUCGUUCCAAUUUACGAUGGUUUUAUUAAAGAUCUCGACGAGGUCAGAAUAGGUGUGCUCAAGCACUUUGCAACUUUUCUGAAAAUACUCAAACCCAUCGAUCGCUGUCAAUAUCUACCAAGACUGAGCGAUUUCCUUGCUACAGAUAACGAAUGGAACUGGAGAUUUAGGGAGGAAUUAGCCAUACAAUUGCUCGAGAUUGUAAGUCUGUUCAGUCCGAGCGAUGUGGCCCAGAGUAUCGCGCCGCUGUCUUUCCAACUACUUGUAGAUAAGGUUGCUGCUGUUAGAACCAUCGCGCUUGAACUGAUCACACGAAUAAUGUGCUACUUGUCCAACGAGGAUGCUCUGGUAAUGUCCCUUAUUCACGAACUUCGAGAGACUCUAGUUCUAGACGCUAAAAAGUGGAUACAUCGGCAAACUUAUGCGCUUGUAUGUUCCCAUCUAAUUCGCAACAACGCGAUCCCAGAAGAGAAGUUUUCUAAGGAAAUGUUACCAUGUUUGAUAAGUUUGUCGUGUGAUAGAGUACCUAAUGUAAGGUUAGCCGUUGCGAGAACUAUAGCAACGGAUGUGAUUGCGAUGGGUGUAGAUAAUUUGGGAAUAGGCACAAUGGAAGAAGUGGAAAGAAUACUUACGAAGAUGCGUGUUGAUGUGGACCGAGAUGUACGAGUGUUAGCCGGAGGUGAAGAGCAGCAAAUAGACAUACUAGCUUAUUGUUCCUCUGAUGAGAAUAACCAAGUCGAACAAGCAAGAAAUAUAUUAUUUUAA